AUGGCGCACAUAUUCUCCCUCGCUACACCCACAUCCCCAGCGUAUCAUAAAGGGAGCCGAUCCGGUGAUCAGGUCAAGUUCCCAGAAAGUGGCUUUUUCCAAGGCUUCAAUAAGCCAUCACGACUUGAAGCCGACAUCUUCGAGCUUGAGACGACUGGUACAAUUCCUAGAGACAUAAACGGCACCUUCUUUCGCAUACAACCUGACCAUCGCUUUCCACCUCUGUUUGAAGAAGACAUACACUUCAAUGGUGAUGGCUCAGUAUCUGCAUUCCGGUUCGAGAAUGGUCACAUCGACUUCAGACAGCGAUUUGUACAUACCGAUCGCUUCAAAGCGGAAACAAAAGCGCGCAAGUCACUACUGGGACGGUACAGAAAUCCUUACACAGAUAACGAGAUGGUGAAAGGCAUCAUCAGAACAGCGUCGAAUACUAACAUCAUCUUCUGGCGUGGAGUGUUGCUAGCGACGAAGGAAGACGGGCCACCUUUUGCCAUGGACCCGGUCACGCUUGAGACAAUUGGUCGGUAUGAUUUCGAUGGCCAAGUACAAUCUCCGACGUUCACUGCGCAUCCCAAGUUCGACCCGGAUACUGGAGAGAUGGUUUGCUAUGGCUAUGAAGCCGGAGGUAAUGGGUACGAUGCUAGUUGCGACAUCGUGGUGUACACGAUUGAUAAAGACGGGGAAAAGACUGAAGAAUGCUGGUACAAGGCACCAUUUUGCGGAAUGAUACAUGAUUGCGCCAUCACGAAGAAUUACCUGAUCCUACCGCUCACUCCAAUCAAAGUCAACGCGGAGAGGCUCAAGAAAGGUGGCAAUCACUUUGCUUGGGAUCCCGAUGAAGAUCAGUGGUAUGGCAUUGUGCCUCGCCGCAAUGGGAAGCCAGAGGAUAUCGUCUGGCUACGUGCUGACAAUGGCUUUCAUGGCCACGUUGCCGGCUCCUACGAAGACUCUUCGGGAAAUAUCGUCGUUGACCUUACUAUAGCCUCUGACAAUGUCUUCUACUUCUUCCCACCAGACAGCCAAGCAGACACGCCCAUGACACUACUUCAGCGUAAUAAGCUCGUCUCCGAUACUUACCGCUGGGUCUUUGAUCCCAAGACUCCUACCAACACGCGGGUGCAGCCACACAAACUCUUCGGUACCAACGGCGAGUUUUCGCGCAUCGACGAUCGAGUGUUGACGAAGAAGUACAACCACUUCUGGCAAUGCAACAUAGACCCAAGUAAGCCGUACGACUUCCAGAAGUGUGGCCCGCCAGCUGGUGGGCUUUUCAAUGUGUUGGGUCAUUAUGAGUGGGAGAGCGGAAAGAAAGACACUUUCUGGGCAGGCCCAACAUGCACGUUCCAAGAACCCGUAUUCGUACCCAAAGCCUCAUCUUCUCCGGCGGAUCUCGUUGAAGGCGAGGGAUAUAUCAUGGCGCUGCUCAACCAUCUUGAUAUUUUGCGCAACGAUAUCCUUAUCUUUGAUGCACAGAACCUCUCACAGGGUCCGCUAGCGGUUAUACAUCUGCCGGUGAAGUUGCGCUUGGGCUUACAUGGUAACUUCGUCGAGCAGAAAGACAUUGACGAAUGGGCUGAGAAGAGGAAGGAAGGUGGUGAGGUUGGACCGGCGGUACCGGCGAAGGAGAUGUUGCCGUGGCAGAAGAAAAUGGCAGAGGAGGAAGGCCUGGGAAGCGCAGUGUCAGUACCUGGGAAGGGGGUUGGGAACGGAUUGAAUGGUACGAUUGGAAUCAACGGUCACUGA